AUGAGAGGUUGUUGUUCAAGCAAUAAGGAUUGGCCUUCCCUGCUUCUCAUAUCAGAACUCAUAGGGCUUCUAAUCUUCAUCAUAUCAUUCACAACUUUGGUGUUUACUUGCAAUCCAAGCAUCCUCACAGAGCUAUCAGGUACACCAAAACCCCCCACCAUGGAAAUCCUUGCACUUUCUGUAUCAGGGCUCAAUGUUUCAUACACAAACAAAAAUGUAUCAGCCAAAUGGGGUGUGGAAUUGGUGGUGCAAAACCCAAACCUAUUCUCAACAUUGUAUUUGGAUCACAUGGUUGGUAUGGUGCUAUACAAAGAAGAGGUUAUUGGGGUGAGUUCCUUAGAGAAAAAGUUAAUUGCUUUGGGACCAAUGGAACAUAAAUUUGUUAGCUUUAAAGUGUGGAAGAAGGAUUGGGAUAUAGAUGAUGAGGAUCAACCAAAGGUGAAGGAGUGGGUUGUGGAAAAUAUCAUGAUGGACAAACAUAAAGAGAAGAUUAAUUUCAGUGUGCAAAUGGGUGUAUGGGGUAAAAUUAAAUCUAGUUGGUGGUCUUCAAAGAGUGUUAUCAUGAAUCCUAGGUGCAUGGAUUUGACUAUUAACUUUGUCCCUAUGAGGGGUUUUGGAAUGUUGUUAGAUGAAGAGCCAAUAAGAUGUUAUGUUCCUAUGUUGGAUAAUUAG